AUGAACUCCGCUGAUCCUCAGUCCCAACACACCUCCGCGACCGUCGUCGGCUCUCUCCAACCCAAGAACGCGCAGGAGGCCCCGGACAUGGCGGUCUACUGCGACAACUUCAGCAUGUACCACCACCAGCAGGGUCUGCAGGGCGCACACAGACCCUCGGGAUACGGCCUCGGGGAUUACGCCUCGUCUCCCAACCCUUACCUGUGGCUCAACGGCCCCGGGGUGGGCUCCUCCGCCUCGUACCUGCACGGAGGCGGCGCGGCGUCGUUCAUCCCGCCGUCGUACGGCUCCCAGCGGCAGUUCCUCGCCAGCUCACCUGGAUUCGGCGGGCCGGACCUGGGCUGGCUGUCCAUCGCCAGCCAGGAGGAGCUGCUGAAGCUGGUGCGGCCGCCCUACUCCUACUCGGCUCUCAUCGCCAUGGCCAUUCAGAAUGCCCACGAAAAGAAGCUGACCCUGAGUCAGAUCUACCAGUAUGUCGCCGACAACUUCCCCUUUUACAAGAAGAGCAAGGCUGGCUGGCAGAACUCCAUCCGGCACAACCUGUCGCUCAACGACUGCUUCAAAAAAGUGCCGAGGGACGAGGACGACCCAGGGAAGGGGAACUACUGGACGUUGGACCCCAACUGUGAGAAGAUGUUCGACAACGGCAACUUCCGCAGGAAAAGGAAGCGGCGGUCGGACCCGAGCAACGGAGGGGCGGCGGCAGUGGCGGCGUCAGGGGCGGGGGCGGGAGCCACCAAAAUCGAGGAUGGCAGGCCGGGGCUGGCGGCGUCGCUCAAGUCCUCGGACAGCCCCCAGAUCCUCGGGCCCUCCUCCCCGGAGAUGGAGGCCAUGAGCGAGACCCACAAGAGCUCCUCGCCGUCCCCGGCCGCGCCGUGCUUCAACAACUUCUACAGCAGCAUGGCGACUCUGGGCCCCGGGCCUCCCGGCAGGCAGGGCCCCCUGGGACUGGUGAACGAGCUGUCGAACAGGAACAUUACGGCGCUCAGCCCCUACCACCACGCUAACCCGCCGCCGGCGGCCGGCCAGGACUCGGGUGUCACGGAGCACGGGGAGGGCGUCCAUUUCAACCGUGGAGUUUACUACAACACGUUUAGCGGCGGACAGACGGGACAGUUCAACAGCCACUUCUACAACAGCUUCAGUGUCAACAGUUUGAUCUACCCCAGGGAAGGGACAGACCUAUAG